AUGGCAAGCACACGCGUCCUCCUGGUUUCGCUCCUCAUCGUAUUGGUCUCCGCGCAGUUCGCUAGCGGGCAGAUUCGUAGGAACGCCUGUCUGCCCAAGGACAAGUGCCCGGACAGAAAGAGCAAGCUCUGCGGCCUCUACGCCACAUGCAGGACGCUGCAGAGCAUUAUCCCCGAUACCAACUGCUGCGACGAAUGCGCUGCUUACGACCUGAAGAAGAUGCCCGCUAGCGCCUGCAAUUACACAACAGGUCGCUGCCUCGCCAACAAGAUUGCCGGUAAGGCGUGCACCGCCAAGCAGUUCAACGCGGUUACAUAUUUGUAA